AUUAGUCAUCAAACAUAUUCAAAGGGCUCUCUACUUUUCUUCGUCUUCGCCAGUUACGAACAGAGACGCCGUUUUCAGGCAUUUGGAGGUCACUGCGUGCUACAAUACGCCGGAAUUUGUAGAAGUGAUAGUUGAAGUUUGAUAUUAGGUAUUCUUGAGUGAGUGAAGCCCCAAAAACAGCAGGGGAGACCAAGAAUGAGACUCUUAACUCAUAAUAUGUUAUCAUCAAACAUCAAAGGUGUUACCAAUGGAUUCCCGCUUCGGAUUGAGGUGGAGAAAAUGGUGGAGAAGGAGGUGGAGUUGAACGCGGACUUCCUCCGGAACAUGUUUGCCAAGGUUGAGUGGAAGGCACUCGUGGAGGCCUCAAAAACCUUGGGGUAUACUGAGCUACCCGACAAUGCUGAACCCUCCAUGCUCGACUCUGAUGAGUUCCUGCACAGGUUCCACCACGCCCUCCUCGAGCUCCACCUUGAGGAGGGCGCAUUGGUCUGCCCUGAGACUGGCCGGAAAUUCCCGGUCAACAAAGGGAUCCCUAAUAUGCUGCUUCAUGAAGACGAGGUUUGAUUGCUGCCUUUGCUGAACGUAUGUCCUUGUAUGGUCGUGUUUAGGAAUAUAUUUGUCGAUGUUAGGAUGUAAGAGCAAGUUGGUAGGGUUGUGAAGAAACAUGACAGAUAAUUUGAAUGGUUUUGUGCUUGUUGAGAAAUUUUCAAACGAGUUCUUGUUUUCUUUGAGAGUCGUCUUGUUUGGAGAGUUUCGACAUCGUAUUUAUUGCUCAAGGGGGAUCUCUGAAUUUGUCAAAAUAGAGACUAUUUUGAUGAAUGAUUCAGUUCUGUGGUAUAGUUGUGUUUGAGAGAUGGGAUAGCUUCAUGAUCAUGAUCCUUAGGUAAAUCACGUGUUUUACUAUAAUCAAUGAUUUGUUGGAUUUGAAAUUCA